GCCGUCUGGGGACCACGUGAAGGUGACCUGGGUCGAUGUUCUCAGCUGAAGGGGCAGGGGCUGUCUUAUGGAUGGUGCUCACCAGCUGGAUGAGCUUGCAGACGCCUCACACAUCCUGCAGCGACCCCAGAUCAUAUCUGACCUCUGCAUGCUCAUGCUUUCACAUUUGAGAUCACCAGUUCUGCAGCCCUCUCACUGCAGACCAUCACUGCUGUUGAUGAAGCUGCUCUGUGACUGAACACAAUGCAGUUUGUCAUGCACAGCAGCGUCCACACUGUCAUCUCGGUGUUCGUUCAGAUUGAAGGGAUCUGCAUCUCCUGUGUGAAUCAUCAUGGCAGACAGAAGCUAAGCAGCAAGAGUCCAGUGUGGGGGGGAUCUCUGACAAACUGAGCACUGACAGAGCAGAGGAUUGACUGGACUGUCACCAAGGUUGUGUUGCUCUUUGGCUCUUUGGUUGUUGAUUGACAAACCAAGCUCAAUGCUCAAGACAACCACAGGCACUUCCUACAAGGAGGCAGAAACGGAGAGUUGCACUCGAGGAUCAUAGAACCUCACCUGAAACAGGAAGGAAAACGGUCAGAGGAUGGAGGCAGUGAAGAGGUGGAGGUCGGACUGGAGGUAUCCCACCACUCUGCUGUGCAUCUAUGGAUUCUUCAGCACAGUGAAGCCCCUGGAACCUUUCCUCAUCUCAUACAUGAUAGGGCCCGACAAGAACCUGACAACAGAGGAGGUGAACAAUCAGAUUUUCCCGGUGUGGACGUACUCCUACCUAGCUGUGCUGGUGCCGGUGUUCCUGCUGACCGACUGGUUACGUUACAAGCCUGUGGUGGUGUUUCAGUGUGCGAUGCUCUUCAUAACCACAGCCCUGCUGCUGUGGACUAAAAGUGUCCCCGCAAUGCAGGCCAUGCAGUUCUUCUAUAGUUUGGUGACGGCUAGUGAUGUGGCCUAUUUCUCCUACAUCUACAGUGUGGUGGAUCAGACGAGAUACCGGAGGGCCACCUCAUACUGCCGCAGCGUGCAGCUCCUGGGCUACACGGUGGGCUCUGUCCUGGGUCAGCUGCUCGUCAGCUUCCACCUUAUGUCCUACAACAACAUCAUGGUGUUGACCCUGGUGCUCACCACCAUCGCUCUCCCUGUGUCCUGCCUCCUGCCUAUGCCACAGCAGAGCAUGUUCUUUCACCGUGAACUGAACACAAAGAGCAAUGGUGAUGGGACAAUAGAUGCAGCUGAACAUACAAGUGCAUCAAAUAAUUCCCUGGAGGAAACAAAAGAGGAAAGAAUGGACAAGAGCAAGGAAACUGUGGAGGAUACAGUCAGGGGAAAAGAAGAAGGGCCUGAAGCUGAGGACUUGGAGGAGUCAGUAGGUUCACAGAGCUGCAGCCAAGUUCUCCUUCAGCUGUGGAGGGAUUUCAGCCAAUGCUACUCCUCCAGACAGCUGCUCUGCUGGUCUGUGUGGUGGGCGAUGGCCACCUGUGGUUAUAACCAGACUAUCAACUAUGUACAGGUGCUGUGGGAUCAUGUGCAGCCUUCUCAGAACUUCAGCAUCUACAAUGGAGGAGUGGAGGCCGUGUCCAACCUGCUGAGUGCAUCUGCAGCCUACGGUAUAGGCUUCACUGAGGUGCGAUGGGAGAUGUGGGGAGAGCUUGCACUUGGUGGAUUCUCUGGACUCGGGGCAGCUGCACUUUUCCUGAUGACCUUCAUCGGCAACAUAUGGGUCUGCUACAUGGCUUACAUCAUUUUCAAGUGCCUGUACAUGCUGCUGAUAACAAUAGCCAUGUACCAGAUAGCAGCUGACCUGACGAUGGAAAGAUAUGCACUGGUGUUUGGGACGAACAACUUUGGAGCACUGGCUCUGCAGACCAUCAUCACGUCUGUGGUGGUCGACAGCAGAGGACUGGGCCUGGCCAUCAUUCCACAGUUCACCAUAUAUGCCAGCUACUUCUCCCUCAUCGCUGUUGUUUUUUCACUUCGUGGACUAUCUACCAUUUGGAGAGCACAGAGAAACAAAACAGAGACAACGCCUCCACACAAAAAGGAACCUCCAGACUUUAUCGAACACAGGCUGUGAACGCAGGAGGUUUAACUGCAAGCUGUGAUAAUCAUGUCAGUUUAAAACAAGAAAAAAAGGCUUUUAAAUUACUAACCGCAACACCAUGAAGAUAGAUCUUUUUCUUUAUACAAAACAAAUAUACAAGAUUUCCAUACAUCCAUAUAAAUGAAUGGUUUGGUCAUUUCUUCUUACUUAAAAUUCAUUUUAAUAUAUAUACUGUAUAUAUUUACAUAUUAACUUAAAAUUCGUUCAUACCCAACGUAAGUGGUUUUCAGUUCAUCAUCCAUUACUCACACAUGGAUGUGGUUCACAACAGUAUUAUGACCAGGGCCUCUGUCAGCAGGGCAGGCGAUGGCAGAGAAACAAGUCCUCUACUCAUCCAUGAUGCAACAUUCACUCUUUCUUCCCCCCUUAUCUCAACAACAGAAUAUGCAUUAUUUUUUUCUUAAGUGAGAACAGUUUACUUUAAAAGGAUCCUGCGCAGGUUCUUUACAAAUGACGGCAACCAGCAGUACCCAUUAGCUUUUCCAAGCAACAGCUCUGUCUUCACAAAUCUUGUGUUAGAUACAAAUACUGAUAU